AUAGAAAAACUUAUUGCCCAACCCACACUUACCACUAUAUCAAAGUUGGAAGAGAAUGCAUUACUACGAAAAAUUUAUGGGUUCCCUUGACCAUUGUAAUGAAGUAUGAGUCUAAGUUAUAUGUAGAACCUAUUUUUUAUUUAUUAUUAAUUAUUAUGAAAUUUUUAACUUUAAUUAUACUUGUAGAUAGAUAUUCCCAUUUUCAUCAUGAAACACUACAUGCUUGCUCGAGUAAUUAUAAAAGAAAGAAAAGUUGAAGUUUGGGACUCACUUGCUCAUGAAAAGUCUCCUAUAUUACAAUCAUCUAAGAUUGUCGAGAUUUUACGCAAUCUUGAUUUGGGCUUGGAGAAUCAAAUAAAAAAUACCCCUUGUAAUUUCAAUUUUGCUAGCUUUUGUAUUGUUCGUGCAACUAAUGUCCCUAGACAAUCAAAUUUGUACGAUUGUGGAGUCUUCGUCAUAUUAUUUAUGAUUCAUGGUUGCAAGCUUGAUUCAAGGUCUUUCAUGUUUGACUCUAAUGAAGAGAGGUGUUACAUAACUACGUGGCUUGCAAGUUCAAACUUCAAUAAGAAUAUAGGAGAAUUAAUGCAGAAAGCCCGAUAUUACAAUUCAAGAAGACGAUAAUAGCAUGGUUGCACUUAUUUUUUUUUUUAUGUAGAAUAUUAAUAUUUUGAAUAAAGUUGU